AUGGACGACUAUUGUGGUUCAGCGGCCAUUUGGCCGAAUUUCUCGGCGAUCGCAGAAAAUGAAACGGGAAGAGAACUGGCCCUGUUGCCGGAAUGUCUUUGGUUCAGUGUUUUGUCGAUCGUUCCUCCCGCCUGGCUUACUUUGGCUUUCCCCUUUUUUAUCUCCGAUAUUCGCAAAAAAAGAAGAAACGCGCUCUCUUUUUCGGCGAUUUUCAUCACAAAAAUUAUUUUCGGACUUGUUAACUUGGCGCUACCUGUUGUCAACCUUGUCCUGCUUGAAGACGACGCAGUGACCGGCGCUUAUGUUUCAAACGGAUUGAUGAUUUUCGGCGCGUUUCUUUACUUGCUCAUGACGCAUCUGCAACGAAGCCACGGCUCAAUCACUUCCGGAACUUUGACCCUUUACUGGGUUUUCAGCACUGCCGCCUUUUGGUUCUACUGGACUUCAGUUUAUCAGCGUUGGAAAAUGCCGAGUUACAUCAUUGAUCCUUCAACAUGGGAGCAAAGUGUGUCAACCACGCAAUUUGCAAUUUUUACCUCCCAGGCGGCACUCUCUGCUGUCAACUUUGUUCUGAUGGCAUUUCCAGAAGAGCUGGAGGACGAUUAUUUUGAUGGCUCGUACGAGUCGCCCAUUAGUUGGCUCUCUGCUAGUUUUUAUUCCUUCCUCACUCCAGUGAUUUGGCUAGGCUGGAUCAAGACCAAAGAAGGCGACAAAAAGGGUCUGCAAGAAGAAGACAUCAAAAACGUUAAAUCUCGCGACCGCACUGAAAAUUACUUCGACCAAUUCGAGAAGAACUGGCUCGCCGAAGUCGCCCGCGUCUCCGAAAUCAAUGCCAGGAAUGCGGCAAAACCGUCGAAAACGAAAAAACCGCGGAAAAAGCUCAACAAGGUCGAGGCCGAGAAAGUUGAAGACAAGGAAGAAGACGAUGGGCGGGUAAAACCGUCACUCUAUCGCGUCCUGUGGAAUACUUUUCGUCACGAAGUAUUGAUCACCGCCGGCUGGAAGCUUUUUAACGACGUUUUAGUCUUCAUCAAUCCUCAGAUUUUGAACGCGAUUCUGGGCUAUUUGGAACCCGGAGCGCAGGAACCGCAGUGGACGGGUUUUCUCUACGCAGUGAGUUUAUUCCUCGUCGCCUGCGCCACAACCUUCGUUCUCCAGCGCUACUGGUAUCACUGCACUCGCGUCGGCGUCAAAGUUCGCUGCGUGCUCACUGCCAAAAUCUACCGAAAGGGGCUCAAGGUUAAUUUCUCGAACGAGUCGUCUACUGUCGGCGAAGUUGUAAACUACAUGUCCGUCGAUGCUCAGCGCUUCCAAGACACGGCAACAUUCAUGAAUUUCCUCUGGUCCGCUCCUCUCCAAAUCGCUCUCUCGCUCUAUUUCCUCUACGUCCAACUUGAUUGGGCUUCUUUUACUGCUCUUCUUGUUUUCUUCAUUUUGACUCCGUUGUCCGGCUUUGUCACUGGAAAAAUGCGAAAUCUGAUCGGCGCAAACAUGAAAAAACGCGACGGGCGAAUGAAACUGAUGAACGAAAUCUUGAACGGAAUCAAGGUACUCAAACUCUACGCGUGGGAGAUUCCAUUCAUGGACCGAAUCAACAAAAUUAGAUUCGACGAGCUCGGCCUAAUAAAAAAGUAUUCUUACUUGCAGGCCGUCGUGAUAUUGAUCUGGGAGUUUACUCCUUAUUUAGUCCAGCUCACCUGCUUCACUUUUUACACAACUCUGGUCAAUGGUGGCCAGGAACUCACCGCUACAACCGUCUACACCUCUCUCAGUCUUUUCAACAUUAUUCGAUUCCCGAUCAACAUGCUUCCAAUGGUCGUCAUCAUGGUCACAAUGACAAACGUCGCUUCUGAUCGAAUCACAAAAUUCCUGAUUUGCGACGAACUCGAAACUUCCAAUCUCACUCGCUCCAAGAGCUCGAAAGGGGCGGAGUACGCAAUCAGCAUUUCCAAAGGCUCUCACUCGUACAAAAAAACCGGCGAAAUGGCGCUCAACGAUAUCGAGCUCAAAGUCAGUUCUGGCAACAUCGUGGCCGUCGUUGGCCCAGUUGGCUCUGGAAAGUCCUCUAUGAUUUCAACAUUGCUUGGAGAGCUGCACUCCGACAGUUCCAAAAUCCAUAUUAAUGGAAAUUUAGCCUACGUUCCUCAGCAAGCGUGGAUCCAGAAUAUGACGCUGAAGGACAAUAUCAUCUUCGGCAAAGAGUUCAACAAGCAAAAGUAUGAAGACAUCAUCGACCGCUGCUGCUUGCUUUCGGACAUUGACAUACUCGAGGGCGGAGACAGCACGGAAAUCGGCGAACGAGGAAUCAACCUUUCUGGCGGCCAAAAGCAGCGUGUUUCCAUCGCGCGAGCGGUCUACUCCGAGGCCGACAUUUACCUCUUCGACGAUCCGCUAUCGGCGGUAGACGCUCACGUGGGCCGGCGAAUCUUCGACAAGGUCCUUGGCCCAGAAGGUUACUUGAAGAAUAAAACGCGGCUGUUUGUCACUCACUCGACUCAGUACUUGCCGAAUUGCGACAGAAUCAUUGUGAUGGAAACGGGCGGCAAAAUUCUUGCGACAGGCACUUUGGAUCAGCUAAAGGCGAUGAACAACGAACGAAUCGAGGAGAUCAUUUCUGUCAAAGUCAAAGAAGAAAACGAAGAAAAGGAAAAAGUGGACAAAGAAGGCGAAAAGAAGAAUAAAAAGGACGAAAAAGAUAAAAACGCGGGAAAUCUAGUGACGAAAGAAGGCGCUGACGAGAGCGGCGGAGGACUUGGCGUGAUCAAAUCUUACUUCAAGGCGUUUGGUUAUGGCUGGAUGAGCUUCUACAUUUUCGCCGCGCUAAUUUACAUGUUGGCCGACAUGAUGUACAAUAUUUGGCUGACGACGUGGGUGGACGCGAUUAUUUUCUACAACGAGACGGACAGCAAGAACAAUAGCUGCGGAUACGGGGCUCCCUAUGUGCAGGACAUUUUCAAAACAGAACAGUGCCGAGGAGAUUCUUUCUAUUUACUGGUUUACGGGUGCAUUGGCCUGGCCGUCGCGCUUUUGAGUUACACGCGGUCGAUAAUCAACAUUCAGGGAAUCAUUGCCUCCGGAAGGGCCUUCCACAAAAACCUGCUUUACGGAAUUAUGCGAUCGCCGAUGUCGUUUUUCGAUACAACUCCGACCGGGCGAAUCGUCAAUCGUUUUGGAAAGGACAUCGACUCUGUCGACAACAACAUUCCGCAGAGCAUCCGUCAGUGGAUCUCCUGUCUUCUCCGCAUUGUGAGUACAGUGAUCAUCCUCAGCCGAACCGAGAUCUGGUUUUUGCUGAUUGUUCCGAUCCUCUGCCUCGUUUUUAUGCUCAUCGAGCGGUUUUACAUCGCCGCCAAUCGGCAACUCAAGCGUCUCGAGUCCACCACCAGAUCGCCGAUUUAUUCCAGCUUCGGGGAGACUAUUUCGGGAACGUCGGUCAUCCGCGCUUACCAAAAAGAAGACGAAUUCAUUCAGGACAAUUUAAACAAAGUCGACCACAAUCUCAAGUUCCAAUACGCUAAUUUGAUGUGCAAUCGCUGGCUCGGAAUCAGGUUGGAAUCAUUCGCCAAUUUGAUCGUCUUCUCCGUCGCGAUUUAUGCCGUCUUGUCGAAGAACUCCGGCUCAUCGGCAGCUGAUAUUGGCUUGGCCUUGUCCUAUUCAAUGUCCGUCACCCAGAUUUUGAACUUUCUUAUUCGCUCCACUGCUGAGUUAGAAGUCAAUCUUGUCGCCGUCGAACGAAUCGAAGAAUACUGCAAUCUUCCGCCGGAAGACUCGUGGGUCAAGGGCGGCACAGAAUGGAUGAAAAAGGGACGAACAGUGAUGAAAGAUUACGCUCUUCGAUAUCGAGAUGGACUUCCUUUGGUUCUCAAAGGCCUCGACUGUAAAAUUUCGGCAGGCGAGAAAAUCGGGAUAGUUGGACGCACUGGCGCUGGCAAAUCAAGUUUGACAGUCGGCCUCUUCCGACUGGUGGAGUGUGCUCGGGGAAAGAUCGAAAUCGAUGGAGUUGAUCUUUCGAAACUUGGCCUUCACGAUUUGCGAAAGCGGCUUACCAUUAUUCCCCAGGAGCCUGUUCUCUUCAGUGGAACUUUGCGUGAAAAUUUGGAUCCUUUCAACGACGCCACUGACGAUCGAAUUUGGGAGGCGCUCAGACUGGCGCAUUUGAAGACGACGGUCUCCGGCUUCGAAAAGAAGCUGGAACACGAAGUGAACGAGAACGGAUCGAACUUGAGCGUCGGGGAGCGUCAGCUCGUCUGCCUCGCUCGUGCUCUUCUUCGCGACUCUAAAGUUCUAGUGCUCGACGAGGCCACCUCCGCGGUCGACAACAACACGGACAGCUUGAUUCAGAAAACGAUUCGCGAGUCCUUUUCUGGAUUGACGAUCCUGACGAUUGCGCACCGGCUCAAUACGAUCAUCGAUUACGAUCGAGUGAUGGUACUUGAUGACGGCAAGAUAGUCGAACUGGACAGUCCCGAAGCUCUUUUUAGCAAGAAAGACGGCAUUUUUCGGUCUAUGUGUGAUGAAGCAAAUGUGAAACAAAGUGACAUUCUGAAUGCAAAGCUGGGAGCCCCUCCGACUUACCCAGAAAACGAAAAAGAAGAAAAGAAAAAAGAUCGAAGGCCAACACCGCCGCCGCCAUCGCCUUCAAAGCCUGUUGAUGAAACCUCGUUCUAG